GAGGUGGAUGUCUACGUUCAUGGACCCACCUCCUGCCUUCUUCUCCUCCUCCUCUUUCUUCUCCUCUCCUCCUCCUCCUCCUCCUCUCAAUAUUUCCACUUCCUUAUAUUUCAUUUCUUAGAUCUUCUUGUUAAUCUUAUCUAAUUAUGAUAACUAAAGCUUCCAGUGCUGUUGAUUAACUUGCUAAUCGCUGAGGUUACGCAUAUGUAAAUUAAAGAUUUUGCUGCUUCUGUAAAAGAAAGCGUAUCGAUUCGAUGUCGUCGGCGAAUUCGGACAGCUCGGGCAACUCCGGGGGCGGCGCAGCAGCAGCUGGGAGCCGGAGGCCGAGUCGGUACGAGUCGCAGAAGCGGCGCGACUGGAACACGUUCCGGCAGUACCUGCGCAACCACCGGCCGCCGCUGGAGCUGUCCCGGUGCAGCGGCGCGCACGUGCUGGAGUUUUUGCGGUACCUCGACCAGUUCGGGAAGACCAAAGUCCACGCCGAGGGGUGCCCGUUCUUCGGCCACCCCCACCCGCCGGCGCCUUGCCCCUGCCCGCUCCGCCAGGCCUGGGGCUCUCUCGACGCCCUCGUCGGCCGCCUCCGCGCGGCCUUCGAGGAGAACGGAGGCGCCCCGGAGGCCAACCCCUUCGCCGCCCGCGCCGUCCGCCUCUACCUCAGGGAAGUCAGGGACAGCCAGGCCAAGGCCAGGGGCAUCGCCUACGAGAAGAAGAAGCGGAAGCGCCCGGCGCCUCCGCCGCCUCCUCCUCCUCUUCAUCAACAUCAUCAUCAUCAGCAGCAGCAGCCACUCACACUUCCCAUGGUCGUGGUUCCUCCGCCACCGCCGCCGGACGUCGUGCAGGGAUAUGCAAUUAGGCCGCCUCUGCCGCCGCCCGAACUUAGCCUUUUGAAUGGUGGCAGCUUCCAGUACCAUCACGUUCACGGGCAUCUGUUGAUGCCCUCCGUCGACACCGCCGGCGGGGAAAGUUCGGCAUCGGCGGUGGUCUUGCCGCUCUCAGUGCUCAAUUGAUUAGUCAAAUAAUAAACAUCUACUUCUAUUUGAUGAACAAGAUCAUAUAUAUGCACCAAGGUCAGUAUGUAUAUUAUGAAUCCUCAAUUUUCUAAUUAUGCUUGUUAAUUAGCGACUC